CCGAAGUGUUUUGUUUUGAAGCAUGGCGGAGAAGUGUGUGUCCGGGGGUCGUCUCCGGUGGUCUGACGACAUGGAGGAUCUCCUGGUGGACUGGUGGCAGCAGUACGAGUGUCUCUACAACGUGUCGUCCGGGACGUACCACAACAAGGCGGAGAAGGAGCGCUGCUGGGAGGAGAUAGCGGCGGCGCUGGACCUGCCCGUGCAGGAGGUGAAGGUGCGGGCCGCCUCCCUCCGCUCUCAGUACUCCCGCCUGGUGCGCCCGAUGCCCGGCGGCGAGCGGAGGACUCGGACUCUGACUCCCAGACAGAAGCGGAUCCUCACGUCGCUGGAGUUCCUCCGGAAACACGUCGUCCCCCGAAACAGGGACGGAAACGAGAGUGACUACAGCGAGCUGGACAGCGCCGCCCUCUCGGCCGAUCACGACUCGGGGGCGUCGCGCUCGUCGUUCGCGGAGAACUCCCUGAUCACCCGGAAACGGUGGACGGUGGGGAAGGAGAACAAGCUGCUGGAGCUGUGGGAGCAGCACGAGUGCCUGUACAACCUGUCCUCUGACAAGUUCCACAACAAGAUCGAGAGGGAGAGGAAAUGGGUGGAGAUCGCCUCGGUGCUGGAGCUUCCAGUGGAGGAAGUGAAGACUCGGGCCACCUCUCUCAGGACUCAGUACGCCCGCCUGGUGAAGCCGGGCGGUUCCUCGCGGGAUAAGCAGUCCAUGACGGAGAGGCAGAGGAAGAUUCUGUCUUCCUGUGAGUUUCUGAAGAAGCACAUCAUCCACCGUUCCUCGGACAGCACGAUGGAGGAAUCCACGCAGGAAGGUUUCAUCAUGCGCCUGGAUGGCAGCGACGGCGAGCCGGAGACCCCCGUCCUUCCUCCACAGGACCCUGAGGACGGCCGGGCGUCGCCCUCCCUCACCGAGUGCUCCUCGGUUUCCCUGCCGCCGCCCCGCCUCCACAAGAAACGCCCCCGUGGCCUGGGCAGCGAGGACAUGGAGCAGCAGAAGGUGGCGCUGCUGCAGCACGUGCUGGAGGUGAUCCAGGAGACGGCGCGGGAGCCCGACAGGGACUGCGAGGACUCGUUCGGCGUCACCGUGGCGAUGGAGCUAAAGAGGAUCCGGAGCGUGGCGCUGAGGACCCGCGUGAAGAGACAGAUCAUGAGCGUCCUGUACGACGCGUUGGACUCGGAGCAGGCGGUAGAAGAUCCAUAUCAGGACCAGCGGGGCUUCCCCCGAGAGGACAGCCACUCCAUCACUGUUGUCAUCCCGUAACCAUGGCAACACGGAACCAACACACAUGACGGAGAAGUUCAAAAAGUUGGCGCUAUGGCCGAGAGUGGAAAGAGUGUCCGCAAAAGGCAAAAAAAUGUCUUAAGUUAUGGAUCACUUACAAAAAGAACCCAAGAUUUUUGUGCAGUGUGUGUAUUAUCCGGUUUCUCGAUUAACCACUGAAAUACUUGAUUUCAAAGAGAAUCCAUAGCUACAUCCCUAGAUGAGUCAGUGUGUACCUAUAAAAGUACUAAAAGUACCAUAAACAUUCUGAGAACUACCUGAACUAAUAUGAUUCCUUUUUGAAAAGACACUUUUUUUACUUCUUUUUUUUAAAUUGAUGCGAAGUUGAAUUCAGUACCAGUGACAUGUUUGAAAAAAGUUGACAAAUCCAAUGAAAAUCUGCAAAAAAAAAAAAAAAAAAUGCAGUUACAAUUUAGUCAGUUUUUUAUUGACCUCACACAUGUUGUCCCAACUUUUUGGGAUAUUGAAAUCCCAGUUUAAGUGAUGCGUCUUCCUAAAGCAAAUGUCAGCUGAUUCAAAUGCGUCAGCAGCCAUGACACCUAAAAGUAUUUUUGUUUGUUACUUUUUUAAUAUUUUCCUUAAACUAUUUAUGAUGCUGGUUCUUGUUUGAAAAUAAAGACUUUCUUAAUGCAGGAUAGUUAAACCACUGAAGUGAGCUUGGUGGUGUGUUGACACCAUCUGGUGGUGAAGAGUGGUAUUACAAGUAGACGGGCUGUGUGAGUUAAUUUAGAUAGAAAUAUACAGAUGUGUAAAAUAAAUAACAUUCCUUGUCUCAGAUUGUUUCAACUGUGAUGCUUAACCCAAAAAAAACCAUCUUGUCUUUACAACGUGUUUGCAAAAUGUUGUCAAAAAUGUUGAAAGUUAUUUUGUGUUUCUUUUUAAUUUAUUUUAUUUUGUGGGGAUCAGGCGAAGGUCGAUGGUUUGACUCCCAGCUCCACCAUGCCAAAGUGUCCUUAGGCAGAAUGUAGCUUUCAAGUUGUCAGUGUUCCAGUCAGAUGCAGGUCAGCGUGUGAACGUGGCUUAUUCAAACUACUGAAGUGAAAAUGUGUUCUGUAUGUCCAGUUUCUGUGUUUUAAUGUCAAUGAAGAGUUAUUUUUGUACUGUUUAUUCCAGAUAUAUACAUGUGGAAACUGUAAUAACUCCACAAACAUUUCCUUUAUUUUCUGGUUUUUGGAAAACCUGUUACUCCUGUCGGCAUAAGACGUAUUUGAAGUUUUAUAUUUGGUUUAAAACAAUUUUUUUUCUGUUUUCUGAAACUGUGCCUAUGAUUGAAAUGUGACAUUGGCAAA